UUCAAACGAUGCACUGGACAAAUUUUGAGCAGCAACAAGGGAUCAGAUCAGUGACUCUGUUGCUGCUGCUACUGCUUCACUUUGGUUGUCAACAGCAACGGGCAAUCAAGCUCAUACUCGGCUUACGGUGCAGCCUGUAGCUGUCAGUGUAAAAUGUGAUCGGCAAGUGGCAGCUCAUGUUUACUCCUGCUGUCAGCCACUGUAGACCUUUUACAUCUAUAUCUGUCAAUAACAGGGACUCAAUUACCAUUGUGUUUUUGCUCUCUUUCAAAAUGUUUGAUUCCGCCCCUUUCAUUUUCUCCACUUCACACCUGAAAAAAGCAUGUUUUUUUUUUUGUUUUUUCUCGUGACUUAAGUGAAGGGCCUGUAAUCUCGGUUCCUAUUCAGGAAACAGCAGUGGCGUCACAAAGCCUCUCAGAGGAGCCCCCUGGCCACGGUGAACAGCCUUGGGGGCUUCAGGUGUUAAUUACCUCUGCCUUUCACAUACAGGUCCUCUUCAACUAUAUAUAAACACAGACCGUCUGUUGCUUAAAGAGGCCCCUGCUCACACGAACCCACGUCAGAGCAUGUGACGCCGAAUGCCCCUCUGCUAUUUUUAACCCUCUCGUUCUGAGCCGAAGACCCGAAAGGAUACAUCAAAUGAAUUCACGCUGGACAAUGAGCAGCCAGCAGAGUGCCAGAGGAUAUGCUACCUCAUCAGGCAUUGGAUCCAGGAAUUCUGGAUGAUGUUCCGGUUGCACCACAGCUUGUCAGACAGCCUGGACUCGUUCCGGGAGCUGAUCAGAGAGCACGGACAGGAGCAUCUUUGCUCUCUCCUAGAGACCAAAUGGAUAAAUGAACGGGACUGGUCAUGGAAGGCCAGCCAGAAGAUAAAAGCUAACAGCAGUAAAAAGAGGAAGGUCUCUCUUCUUUUUGAUCACCUGGAGCCCAUUGAGCUGGCUGAGCAUCUCACCUUCCUAGAGUUCAAGUCCUUCUGCAGGAUAUCAUUUGUAGACUACCAGAAUUACAUUAGAAGCUGCUGCAUGAAGGACAUCCCCGCCAUGGAGCGUUCCAUCGCCCUGUGUAAUGGUAUCUCCCAGUGGGUUCAGCUGAUGGUGCUGAGCAGGCCGACUGCUCAGCUGAGAGCUGAGGUUUUCACCAAGUUUAUCCAUGUGGCUCAGAGUCUACAUCUUAUGCACAAUUACAACACACUAAUGGCGGUGGUGGGAGGGCUUUGUCACAGCUCCAUAUCCAGACUGAAGGACACCACCUCACAUGUACCCAGCGAGGUCACCAAGGUACUGAACGAGAUGACAGACCUGCUGUCCUCUUGCAGAAACUAUGACAACUAUAGACAAGCUUACCACAAGUGUACAGGUUUUAAAAUCCCUAUCCUGGGCGUCCACCUCAAAGAUCUGAUUUCGGUAAACGAGGCCAUGUCAGACUACGUGGAGGACAACAAGGUGAAUGUCCAGAAGCUCCAGGCGCUCUACAGCCACAUUAAUGAGCUGAUCCAGCUCCAACAAAUCCCUCCCAGGCUGGAUGCUAACAAGGACCUGGUCCAUCUGUUGACGCUGUCCUUGGACCUUUACUACACGGAGGAUGAGAUUUAUGAACUGUCUUAUGCAAGGGAACCCAAGAACUGCAAAGCACCUCCAGCCACCCCCUCUAGACCUCCAGUGGUUGUGGACUGGGCAUCAGGAGUGGCUCCCAAACCCGACCCCCGAACCAUCAGCAAACAUGUGCAGAGGAUGGUGGAUUCCGUGUUUAAGAACUACGAUCACGACGAGAACGGCUUCAUUUCUCAAGAGGAAUUUGAGAAAAUUGCUGCUAGCUUUCCGUUUUCCUUCUGUGUCAUGGACAAAGAGAAGGAAGGCCUCAUCAGCAGAGAGGAGAUCACAGCCUAUUUUAUGCGGGCCAGUGUCAUCUGCUCCAAACUGGGUCUUGGUUUUGUCCAUAACUUCCAGGAGACUACUUACAUGAAACCCACCUUCUGUGACAACUGCUCAGGAUUCCUGUGGGGUGUCAUCAAGCAAGGCUACAGGUGCAAAGACUGCGGGAUGAACUGCCACAAGCUGUGCAAGGACCAGGUGGCGUUUGAGUGCAAGAAGAACACCAAAGUGACCAACGCCAUUGACAGUCCGACACCGAGCUCUACGCCCGUCACCAUGGGCACCUCAGAGGGUUCAGAAGAAUGUCCUUUCCCCUACCCGCCCAAUGACAGCAAAGACUGGAGCCCAGAAUCCCCGGUCACCUCCUAUUUGAGGCCUCGGACGGUCCACAGUGGCACCCAGACGGAGGGACCUCAACAUUCCCCUGCUACCCCUGAAGCCAUUGGCCCCCAGCCCUCUCUGCUGGUCCCAGCAGCACCCACGCUCACCUCGUGCCCCAGCCCGGUGCCCCAGAGGAAACAGCGACACUGUGCCAAGUGGGAAAACAGAGCGUCUAUUGCACAAAAACCUAAAGAGCCAGAGGAGGAGAGCAAACCCACCUAUGACUCUCUGGAAUCAGACAACCAGAGGCUCCAGAAAUCCAAUGAGACACUACGCAGGAAGCUGAAGGAGACAGAGCGGGAGGUGGAGAUACUAAAGACACUCCUCAAGAGGCACGCUCUCCACCCUGUGGAGGAGGACUCCUCCUCAUAGACACAUACUUACACUGGAUCUCCUCUAGGGAGGCUGGUGCUGCCACCCUAUGGCAGCAUGUUUAAAUAUGGAUCCAGUGUUUCAGUUAUUGGUUGUAACAGUGCGAGUAUUCCCCCAGUUUAACAGGGCCCAGGUAUUCGGCAUCACAUUGUAUAAAGUGGACGGUGCACAUAGCCAGUCAAGGUUAAAGGGAAACUUGUAUAUUUUUCAAUCUGGAGCCUAUUUUCUCACUUUUUUCUAAGUGACUGACAGAGACAACAUUUUUAGUAAGUGAGAGAGAAAGCUGCAGUUACAGCGGGAAAGCAACUGUGCACUUUCAAUAUGUGACCAAAAAAGUGCUAUUAUUAUUUUGGGUGUCAUGGAUAGGAUGCUACAGAGAAGUGAAACCGUUUGCUUGCCUUUUGCUGAACUGUUUGUUAUAGUGACCGAGUCUUACAGAAGAAGAAUUCUCAUUCUGAAAUCUUGCAAGAGGUAACUUAUGCAGGAAAACAAUGAUGGAAAAGUUAGUGAGAGUUAGAGAGAGGAGCUCGAGAGAGAAGAAUUUGUACAGAAAAUACACCUUUGUGUUAUCUUUUUAUUUUCAGUGUUAUGGUUGAAUAUUUAGCUGAUUUUGACAAUGUAGAAAAGUCUGCAGGAUGUCAGAAUGAGACUUGGUGGCACACGAUAACAAACACACCUGAUUAGCGAAAGGUAAGGAAAGACUUUUCAUUUCUCAUAGCAUCUUCCUGAGAAUGGAUAACAUCCAUCCUGUCAAAAUCAAGCACUUUUAGCAGCUGUAAAUUGACGGUGCACAGUUGUCCAUAGGGAUUAUGUUGCAGCCUGUUUCAUCAAUGCCAACAGUGGUCUUUCACAAUUAGUUUCAAACACUGUUGUCUCCAGAUAGAAAACACAGGAAAAUAGGUUCGAGGGUCAAAAUUACCGAACUUAAAGGAAAUGUGUGAAUUUUGUUGAAACCAGCUACAACCAGUUACAUAGUAAAGACAAUACAGUGGAAACACUGUAGUGUUGUAUUUAAAGAAGUCUGAAGUGAGCAGAAGGAGCCUCUUUACUGUACUGUACAUUUAACAGAAGGAUGAAAAUCAAGCUUUACUCGCUUUUUAGUGAACCACUGAGAGUGGUUGGAGUUUCCUGUCUUAAAGAGGUAUAUACACAUAAAAGCAUACUGAAUGAAGGCGUGCAGUAUUUUAAAUCGAUCAUUGAUCAUUUCUUGAUCAAUAAUGAUAAAAGAUAUUUAUGUUAAACAUAAAAUAGAAAUCAGAGGAAACAAAAAGUGUAUUCACAGGUGAAUCAUUAUUAUUAUUAUUAUUAUUAUUAUUAUUAAAAAAAGAGGGCCAAGUGAUUAUAGCAGCAGAAGGAAAGUUGGAGGCCUCAGAUGUACAGUACUGUCAUUGCUCUGCAUCAUUGUCCCUGUUUAUAUGAGUGCACACAAUGUUGUCAGUGCUUCUGUUAAUAUUUAUUGUCUCAAACACUAAACAGUUCAUAAAGAGAGGGACAGAAAUGGACAUUUUGUACAGCGUACUGGUACUUUCAGUGAAUUAUUUAUGCCGGUUUGUGUUGGAAUCAUAUUGAUACUUUUUAUUUUCAUUGUGCAGUCAUGUCAUGUUGUGUCGUUGUUGUGUUGUAGCAGUGUUGUACUGUGGGUCAAGAUACAUGUGUUUGUAACGUGUGUAAUGUACUGUAAAUACAAAGUAUACGCAGUGCCAUCUUCAUUAAGUCAUCCUUUCUCUCAGUAUUGUUCUCUUAUUGUUAUAAUAAAUACUGGAUUCUGUAUACAAA